UAGUAUUUCACCUCCAGUCUCCCAUCUACUUUCUUACACACAUACACAUUCCUUCUUUUCUGUCGGUCCUUCCAUAUUCGUGUGAGCUGUGCUCCUUACUCGACUAUCGUGAAUUAUCGUUUCGAGACUCCGAAAAAUUAUCAUCGGAAUUGUAAAUGUAUGUAAUUUGUAUCGUGCGAAUGUGUGAAAGAUCUUAUAGAAUACGUAGAAAUAUUUCUGUAUUUAUUUUCACUUUGUGUGUACGAGAUACGUGAGAUAUUUCAGUAAAUAACGUUGAACGUCGAAGGAAAAGACCGAGAGAGAGAGAGAAGGAGAAAAUAUCAGUUUUUCUCGCGUGAAAAUAAACAGAACAAAGGCUGCGAAAGAAAACAAUGAAUAAUUUACGAAAACCCAUGACUUAUGCCCAUGGCAAAAUGCCCCAAAAACUCAAUUGUUUAGGCGUACCAGAAAAUACAAUUGAUCUGGAAAAGGAGAAUACCUAUCCUACACAAUCAGUGGUCGACAAUAGAUUGGAAUAUAUCGAUCCUACUCCUAGUAUUCAUGACUUGUUUGUACAAUUCGAUGCACGCUUCUUUUGGAAUAUUUUGACUUCUGUCGAAGUCAAGUGGAGUAACAGAAUGACAAAUUCUGCUGGAAUUUGCAGUUAUAACAAACACAUGAAACAUUGUACUAUAUCGCUCAGUGCACCAUUACUUAAGCUCAGACCAAGAAAAGAUCUUGUCGAAACUUUAUUGCAUGAGAUGAUUCAUGCAUAUUUAUUUUUAACAAAUAAUAAUCGUGAUAGAAGUGAUCAUGGACCAAAUUUUUGCGAACAUAUGCACAGAAUAAAUAGAGAAGCAGGAACCAAUAUAACAAUUUUUCACGAAUUUCAUAAUGAAGUAAAGUUGUACCAACAGCAUUGGUGGAAAUGCAAUGGACCUUGCCAACAUAAACCACCCUUCUUUGGUACAGUUCGACGUAGUAUGAAUCGUGCACCUGGUCCAUCAGAUUUCUGGUGGAACAAACAUCAACAGGAUUGCAAUGGCAAAUUUAUAAAGAUAAAAGAACCAGAAAAUUUAAAAUCGCAUUCAAAGAAAAAUAAAUUAAAAUCGAAAAACCAGGAAACUCCAUGUAUCACUAACUGGUUAACAAAAAAUGCUACUGAUGCAGCAGCUAAACCUUCAUCUUCAAAAGUUUCUCUUACUCAGAGUGACUCUAAAAUACUCACUCAAAGAAACAACGAUAUGCCUAGUACUAGUAGAGAUAAUAAUGAUGGUACAAAUUCAUUUCAUGCUGUGAAUGAAAAAAAUACUCAAGAUUUGUCAUUAGGAAUGAAAAAAUUGGGUGGCUCUAGUAAUAAGGUAAAUGGCUGGGGUACCAGUGGCCCAAGUGGAAAAGUAGAAAAGGAUACUUCAAAGAGCAUUUCUAAGAAUCCUACAUUUUCAUGUUCUGGUGUUUUGGGAGGUAGCAACAGCGGUCAGAGUAAUCUGUUGACUAAAUUUAAUUAUGUAAGUAACGAUGAAAAUCACCGGCGUGAAUCAACUAGGAAAAAUUCAUUAGAACCAUCAUCAACCGUGAGACAAGAGAGAUCUGCCAAUAGUUCAGUCUCAAACCAACCAAGACAUAAUUCCAUACCUUGUCCUGUUUGCAACGUACCUAUGACUUUAGAAAAUUUAUACAGACACGUAGAUAGUUGCCUAAUAAAUGAUAACACGUUGAUUGAUGAAAUUAAUAACAAUAUAAAUAAUAAUAAUAAUAAUAAUAACGAAGAAUUAAUGUUGCCUAUUCGAGCGUCAACAAUGGAAGAAAAUAACGAUGUGAAUACUAUUAAUAAUACAAAUACCAUUUCUAAUAAACGUCCAAGAUUAGAUAAUCCAGACGAAAUGGCUGAAUAUGUUAACUGUCCUGUCUGCAACAGACCACUGCCAUCUGCAGAUAUUAAUCAGCAUCUUGAUAAAUGUCUAUUAGAAGCAGAUACAAUUCAUCAAGCUGCCAUUCCCUCUACUUCUCGUGCAUCAUUUGAUGAUGCUGCCAUUCCCUCUACUUCUCGUGCAUCAUUUGAUGAUAGUAUAAUCACUAUAAAUAAUUCUAUCUAUGAUCUAAAAGAGUCUGUAAUCGAGAGUCAUUCCAUAAUCAAUGAAAUACCACCAGAAACACAAUCUCAUGAAAAAACUAGCAGUGAUGAAGGCAAUGCAACGGAUCACGAACAGAAAUGUUUAGUUUGCAAUAAACAGAUCCCACCUGGCAUAUCAUUAAAUGAACAUCUCGAAGAAUGUAUUAAAAAUUUUUUUAAUGAUGACAUAAUGAAAAUAAAUGAGAAUGAUAAAAAUGAUGAUGAUGAUGAUAUGCCUGUAGAAAUUAAUUCUAUGGAGAGUAAAUAUCACUGUCCAGUAUGUAUGGAAGUGAUAUCGGAAAACCUUAUGAACCAACAUCUAGAUACGUGCCUUAAAAAUGACUAAGUGAUCUUAAGAACAAAAAGAGCUAUUUUUUUAAAGCUAAUAACACUUUUUUAAAUCUUGAUAUGCAACUAAAUAUAAAUUCUCUUAAUAAAUAUCUUUUCCAUUUUGUUUUACAUAUCGCAAUUCUAUACACAAUAAAAAUAUAAUAAAAAUAAAAAUUGUGUAAAACACUAUUAGAAAAAUUAAGCAUAUAAUUUAAAUACAUAUAUGAACAAAUAAUUUUGCGAACAAAAUGAUAAACAGUGAGCUAUUUUGGAAAGAAAUUAAGAGAAGAAGAAACACUUUGUCUUAUAUAUAUAUAUAUAUAUAUAUAUAUAUAUAUAUAU